UGGUGAUCUUCCCCACGGCCACUGCCGAUUCGUGCUUCACUUAUUACCUACGAGUAAACGUAGGUACAUUCAAAGUACAUCCUUGCCAGUUCAUGGAAUUCCUCACGUCAUCAAUACUCCCAAGUCUGUGCGUGUCAGCGAGACCCAAAGUCACCAUGUACUUCUUACACUGACAAUGCCGGCAAACUCAAUCUCAAGAAAACCGUAUAUACAUCCUUUUUGAACUAAGUAUAUAUCCCUGUCGCCGUGCUCAACAGCGUCCAUCAGGAUGACAUCCGUCCAAGAUUCCCUCAUCUUCGGCAAUAUUUUCUCCACAAAAGAAUCCGCCGCCGUAUGGUCUGACAAGACACGAACACAAUGCUACCUGGCCUUUGAAGGCGCCCUCGCCAAAGCCCAAGCCCGCCUAGGCAUCAUCCCACAACGCGCCGCCGACGAAAUCAUCAAAUUCUGCCUGGACAUCCGGAAUGUCGACUUCGACGACCUCCGUAAGCAGACCGAACUCAUCGGCUACCCUGUCCUAGGUCUCGUCAAGCAACUCGUCAAGCACGUCAACGCCAUCGAGCCCGGGCUAGGCGAAUUCGCGCACUGGGGCGCAACCACACAGGAUGUCACCGACACCGCGACCGUGAUCCAAUUAUGGGACACACUCAGCCUAUUCGAGAAGAUGUUAGAGUCGAUCAUAACGUCUUUGCGCGAUCUGGCGGAAAAGCACAAGGCCACGCCGAUGGCCGCGCGAUCGAAUCUGCAACACGCGGUACCCAUGUCCUUCGGCUUCAAGAUGGCGAGACUCUUAGCGACAUUUUUGCGUCACCGAGAUCGACUGAAAGACGUCGAAACCCGGCUGACGGUCCUCGAGUUCUCCGGUGCAGCAGGAACACUGGCUUCACUCCCUCCCACAGAAGACCACCCCUUGCUCGGGCUGGAGUGCCAAAGAGAACUGGCCAAGGAUUUGAACCUCAAGGUGCCCGACAUAGCAUGGCACACUGAGCGCGACCGCAUCGCCGAAUUCGGGUCACUCUGCGCCAUGCUCAGCAGCACGUGCGCCAAGUUUGCGCUGGACGUCAAACUCAUGACACAAACGGAAAUAGGCGAGGUGUCGGAACCGUACGUUCCACACCGCGGGUCGAGCAGCACGAUGCCUCAGAAGCGCAACCCAAUUUCGUGCGCGUACAUCACCGCCAUGACGUCCACUGUGCGCCAUCUCAGCACAUCAUUGUUCGAAGCCAUGCUCGAGGACCAUGAGCGCAGCACAGGACCCUGGGAAAUCGAGUGGAUUGUACUUCCGCAGAUCUCAACAUUGACGCACGCCACGCUGAAGCAUACUGCUGAUUUGCUGGCUGGGCUCGAAGUUCAUGAGGACGCGAUGAGGAGGAACCUCGAUCUUUCGAAUGGCCACAUUGUCUCUGAGGCCGUGAUGAUGGGUCUGGGACCGACACUGGGCCGGCAGUACGCGCAUGACGUCGUUUACGAUCUGUGUCGAAGGUCGUCGACCGAGAAUAAACACUUACUGGAUCUGCUGUGCGAGAAUGAUGAAAUUGCUAAGAAGAUGAGUAGAGAAGAGUUGGCGAAGUUGUGUGACCCGCGGAACUACCUCGGGUACAGUGAACUUAUGGUCCAACGGAUUCUGAAGUUGGCGGAUGAGCCGAGACCGGAAAGGAAGGCAAGUCUGGUGUGAGAUCGCCUACUCACGGUCUCGUGUGCCUUGACGGUGGUGUGGCAGAGUCUCUUUGACCUGAGGGAUGUGAAAACCGCAACUAAACCUCCUACUCGCCGAGACAGUGAACAAGUUGGACACGGAAACG